UUUAAAAGGUAAGAAAUCGACAGAAGAAGCCACUGAGAAACACGUAGACUCUGGUGAUAAGCUUCUUCCAUUCGCUAGUGAUAAAAUCAAGAAACAUAAACAUAAACUAUGUAACCGAAGAAAAAUAAACGAAGACGAUCAUUACAUGCCAAUGGAAAAUUACAGGAGGGACAUUAUCAGCCAGCUGCCAGAUGAUCUGCUCUUAAGGAUACUGUCGUCACUUUCUCUUAAGGAAGUGAUGGCAACGAGUUUCUUGUCCCAACGGUGGCGGUCUUUAUGGAAGUUGGGGUCUAAACUCAAGAUUGGUGAUAAAGACUUCGACGACUUUCUUCUCAAAUGGGUUUCCAGAUCUUUGGCUAUUAGUAACCCUCAGAUUCUAAAGAGCUUGGAUUUGAAGCUUAUCCCAGGUAAUGAAUGUGACAGAAAUAGUAACUCUUUUCAUAGGUUCUCCUCUUUGGUUGAAACCGCAGUUUCUUGCGGUUUGAGAGAGUUGAGAAUCGAGUUUCUUUACACAUCCCUAGAACUGCCGAGUAUCUUCUAUGCAUGUGGGACCCUCGAAACAUUGAUACUCUGCAGGCUACAUCUCGUGGAUGUUCCGCCUAAUGGUUCCUUGUCGUCUCUCAAAACUCUUCGCCUUUUAUCCGUCAAGUUCUCACGCGACGAAUCUGUUCAGAAGCUUCUAAGCAUUUGUCCAGUUCUUGAAGAGUUGGUUGUAAGACGAUCCGGAUAUUCCAAUGUGGAGAUCUUCACUAUCAACGUGCCUAGUUUGACGAGUUUAUCGAUUGAUUAUAUACGUGUGGGAUCUCAUCAACCCGCGGGUGUUCAUGGAUUUGUCAUAAAUGCUCCUUCCUUAAGGUACCUGAACAUUAGAGACCGUCACAGUAACUAUUUGCUGUUCACAAAUAUGCCGGAGCUGGUCAAGGCGAAUGUUGAGGCUGUUUGUGAUCAAUCCGAGAGUCUAAUAGGAUCUCUUGCCUCAGUCCGUCAUCUCUCUUUGUGUUCAAAAUCUUCAAACAUUCCAUACCAUGCAGGCACUUCCUUUGCCUUUCUUGAACAUCUAGAGCUGUGUACUUGUUCUUCGGAGUGUUGGAAUCUACUUUCCCGCAUAAUCACAGACCCCCUAACACUUCGAGUUCUCAAGCUUAAGUCGAUACAUCGCGCCCAUUAAUGGUUCUUGGAACAAGCAGACUUUUGUUCCUGAAUGUUUGUUAUCGCAUCUCAAGAAUUUGGAAUGUAAACAUUCAAAGGCUCAAAGCUAAACAAGUGGCCAAGUAUAUCUUAGCAAACGCUGGUCAUCUGAAAUUAUCUUGUCAACAUGUUUUCAAUCUUUUUUUAAUUGAAUGUAAAAUUGAUUCGAACAAGAAACUCAUUUCUAUAUUAAGUUCAACAUGUCACUGAA